AUGGAGCCCCCCAUCAACAGCCGCACACAGGGCUUUCUGGCCCUCUUCUCAGGCGACACUGGGGAGAUCAAGGCCGAGGUGCGGGAGCAGAUCAACGCCAAGGUGGCCGAGUGGCGUGAGGAGGGAAAAGCCGAGGUCAUCCCGGGGGUGCUGUUCAUUGAUGAGGUUCACAUGCUGGACAUCGAGUGUUUCUCCUUCCUCAACCGGGCGCUAGAGAGCGACAUGGCCCCCGUGCUCAUCAUGGCCACCAACCGCGGCAUCACCAGGAUCCGCGGCACCAGCUACCAGAGCCCCCACGGGAUCCCCCUCGACCUGCUGGACCGGCUGCUGAUCAUCUCCACCGCGCCCUACAGCGACAAGGAGACCAAGCAGAUCCUCAAGAUCCGGUGCGAGGAGGAGGACGUGGAGAUGAACGAAGACGCCUACACGGUGCUGACGCGCAUCGGGCUGGAGACCUCCCUGCGCUACGCCAUGCAGCUCAUCACCGCCGCCAGCCUGGUGUGCCGCAAGAGGAAGGUGAGGCCCGGACGCCUGGGUUCGAGCCUGGCGUCG